AUUAGAUUUAAAGGAAGCAGCAGCAAUAUUUUCCUCAGCUCAGCUGCUGCGACGGACACUAUCAGCUUCGCUCGCCAUUUUAACCUGCCAUCUGAAGGAUAUAACACACACAUUUAAUCAGUAAUAAGGUUGUUUCUUUACGGAUCUCCACUAUGAUGGAAAUGGAGGUGAUGCAUUCCAGUCCUCAGGACAUGGAGCUGAUUGACAUACUGUGGAAGCAGGACAUUGAUCUCGGCGCCAGGCGCGAGGUGUUUGACUACAACCACCGUCAGAAAGAGCAUGAGCUGCGGAGGCAGCGGGAGCUGGAGGAAAAGAAGAGGCAGCAUCUGGUGCUGGAGCAGGAGAAGGCCCUGCUGGCACAGCUGCAGCUCGACGAGGAGACGGGAGAGUACAUACCCCGCCCGCCACCCAGCGCCCCACUGCAGUCAGCUGUCACACCUCUAGAGGUUACACAGAAUGUCGGCUUCACAGAAGAUAACGGUGACGCCAUGUCAUUUGAUGAAUGUCUGCAGCUACUGGCGGAGACAUUUCCUGUAGAGGAAACUGAGAACGCCUCAGUUUGCUUGGACACAACUGCCGUUUCAGUACCCAUGAUUUCCCCCGAGCAGCCGGCUCUGCCACCGGCCACCCUCUCCCCAGGUCCACUACCGCCACCACCACAACAGACACAACAGAGGACGUCCCCAGAUUUGGAACAGGCCUGGAUGGAGCUUUUGUCCCUCCCUGAGCUGCAGCAAUGCCUGAACAUGCAGAUGGCGGACACACUGGAGACCACAACUUAUCCUCUUCCAAACAGCCCUGAAGUGCAGAAUCCAAACUACACUUUUUACCCCAUGAAUCUCACAGACGAAGAAACAAACCGUUUAAAUGUUUGUCCUGCAGAGUUUAUGAAUACAUUUGAUGGCUCUGUUCCCAGCAUGGCCCCAUCAGACAAUCUCAGCCAGAUGAAGGCGGAAGCUCCCCAGUUAAAUGCUAACUUCACUGCAGACAGUUUCUGUGACAUAUUUUACCCCAACGCCAUCCUGGAAGAGAGCAGUGGUCGACACAGCCUUGAAGGAAAUGAAAAAAACGGCUUGUGUGAUAUCCCAAACAAGCCUCCCUUCACACCGGUGGAUCUUUACAGCCUCUCGUCUGGAGAUGCGUUCGACAGAGGCAAACAGAAUCUCACGGCAGAUUUGCCAGACUCGGAUUCGGGAAUCUCGUCAAACACGAGUCCGAAUGCUAGUUCGACUGGGAAGUCUGUGUACGGAGACGAGUCGUUUGGUUACAGCGAUUCAGACAUGGAGGAGAUGGACCACAACCCUGGAAGCGCAGAAUCCGACUACUCAGAGAUGUUCUCGCUAAACUUCCAACCUGAUGAUCUUCAUCCGUCAAUUUCUCUCUCUGUGCCGCUAGGGCAGUCACAACAGCAGCAGGAGAAGAAACCCAAACACCACAAGACGGACCCGGCGGAGGAGAGCGGCCACAACAGCGCCCCCUUCACCAAAGACAAGCACAAGAAACGCUCGGAGAAGCGUCUCUCCAGAGACGAGCAGAGGGCUAAGGCCCUCAAAAUCCCUUUCACUGUCGACAUGAUCAUCAAUCUGCCCGUUGACGACUUCAACGAGAUGAUGUCGAAACACCAUCUGAACGAGGCCCAGCUGGCCCUGGUCCGAGACAUACGCCGCCGUGGCAAGAACAAGGUGGCUGCCCAGAACUGCCGCAAGCGCAAGAUGGAGAACAUAGUGGGCCUGGAGACCAACCUGGACUCGCUGAAGGAUGAGAAGGACCGUCUGCAGAGCGAAAAGAGCCAGAACACGGCGAGCCUGAAGGAAAUGAAGCAGCAACUCAACAGCUUGUACCUGGAGGUCUUCAGCAUGUUGAGGGACGAGAAGGGGAACUCCUACUCCCCCUCCGAGUACUCCCUCCAGCAGUCAACCGACGGCAACGUCUUCCUCGUCCCUCGCAUCAAAAAGACUUUCAUCAAAAGCGAGGACAGCCUCUUGUCCCCUUUGUAAUAUACGGUACUGCAUUAUCAUAGUAAUACUAUGCAAUAACUUUGUAGUCAUUCAGCUUUAAAGCAUUAGCAGAACUAUUGUAUAGUUUUUGCUCCCUUCUCCUGAAUGUUGUAAUAUUUUUGAUAUUUUACUUCUUUUGUACUCAGAUUCUUUAACCAAUAUCGUUUGUAAAUAUAAACUUGCUUUUGAGAUUGAUAACUGUUACUGUAUGUGUGUGUAUAUAUAUAUUGUAUAUAUCAUAUUUCUGUAUGCUAAUGAUUGUUUCAAUCAUUGUUACUCAUAUUUUAUAACUGUCCCUUUAUGAUUUGCUGCCCAGGUUCUUUUAUAAAAAUCUUCUGUGCUUUUCAAUAAAGUAUUCCUAUAGCUACAC